AUGGCAUCGCCAGCACCGUUACCCCCGUCUCCGAGCGGCAAGGCCGUCGUGCAAGGCACCGGGGCCGGCUCUUCCGGACCAGAUCCGAUCCUGCGCAAUGCCUUGCGAUAUACCAUCUCGCCGCGCGAAUACGCGGCUCUGCACAAGUACAUUCUCUCCAAAUCGCGGGCGUUGCGUCGCGCGACGCCCAGUCCCAGCAGUGUGGACAAGGCACUGCAGCCGAGGAAGGGGGGCGAUGACUACAACGCAAAGGCGGUGCGGCACUCGCUGCGCGUCUUCACGGCGACGUGGAUCGGCAUGAAGGUGUGGGACGCGGUCAUGAAGAGGCUUGGGAGCAAAGAGCCAAGUUCAGGUGGGCAGAAGAAGCCCUUUUACAAGUCUCCCGCCCUGAGGCUCUCCCUCUCGUUGUCCAGUAUCUUGUUUCUUUACCGGGUGCUCUUCCGCUUCCUCACCCGGCUCCGGGUCCAUCUCCUGGACCCUCAGGCAGAGCCUUUCCGGCUGCGCAAUCCACGAACGACGGCAACUCUGACAUCGCCGUUUGCGCCGGCCAUUGGUGCUUCGCUCGCGGGUCUCGCCCUUGGUGUCUAUCCGGCAGCACAGAUGCGUGUCAGCAUCGCCAUCUUCGCCCUCUUCCGGGCCCUGGAGUUUGGCUGGAACGUCUGCGAGAAGGACGGCCUGAUAUGGGGCAUUAAGAAUGGGAAGAACCGUGAGCGGCCCUGGUGGUUCGGCAGUUGGAUGCUGCAGCCUCUGGCUUUCGGCCAACUGCUUCAUGCAGCAGUCUUUGACCCUGAUUGCUUCCCUUCUUCAUUUGGAGAUUUUAUCUUCAAAAACUCGUCUACAUACCUGCCACCGCGGCCAGAGAACUACCCCAAGACUCUCAAAUGGCCCGGUGCGUCUGAGGUCCUGGCGAAUAUUGCAGAGAUGGCCCGACUCAAUUGGCCACCCAAUAUCUCUCCUAUUUUGUUCCCUAACAAGGAAGUUCUCCCACCCACGCUUGCUGGCGUCUCACCACUGAGCUCACAGGCUCACCCACUCAUUACGUCUCUCUCCUGCGCGACUCUUCACCCGACAGACCCUUCUUGUCUGCGGACCUAUCUUACCUUCUGGCUCAACUCCUUCCCUUCCAUGACGCGUUUCUUCCUCAUCUUUUACUCCGCCAUGACCAUUAUCCCCAAGUUCCGCAACCUGUACAACUUUCCAUUCGCCACCAUCCAGCGCAUCAUAUCGCAGGCUCUACGCCUCUCCACCUUUGCUACGGGAUCCAUCUCGACGGCGUGGGCGUCUCUUUGCUUCUUCCAGCAGUAUCUCCCUCGCCAUGUUCUUGCGACGCAGCGUAUCUUCCUUGGAGGCUUCUUCGCGGGCAUGUGGGCGUGGGUGGAGCGUCGCCAUGGACGCAGCGUGUUCCUGUACUCUGCCCGUGCCAGCGUUGACAGCCUGUGGAAGGUGGGCGUGAAGCGACGCUGGUGGAAGGCCAUGAAGGGUGGAGACUUGUGGGUGUUUGUUCUUGCGCUGAUGGUGACGGGCGUGGUGUACGAGCGAGAUGCAAAGGCCAUUCGGGAGGGCCAGUGGCGUAAGGGCGUGAGCUGGCUGCGAGGCGAAGGGUGGAAGGACUGGGCUUUGGAGGAGGAUGGGGAGGAGGAGGAUGAAGACAAGGAUAAAGAAGAGUAG